GUCGUAAAUUGCGCAUCAGUCAAAUUUAAAGAAAUAGACACGACUGUUGGUGGAGCGAGACUUGUUGAGACAAGAAACUCGGUUGUUUAUUUUGGAAACGUCACUCAAAAUGAAAACAGCAGGUCAGGUGAUCAAAUGUAAAGCAGCUGUUGUUUGGGAGCCUGGCAGAGCUCUGGUUAUUGAGGAGGUGGAAGUGGCCCCACCCAAAGCCCAUGAAGUCAGGAUCAAGAUAGUUGCCACAGGCGUGUGCCAUACCGACUGGGAAUACCUGUAUGACACUCACAAAGGGAUGAAAUCCAGACCGUUCCCUUUAGUUCUCGGUCAUGAAGCAGCAGGCAUAGUGGAGAGCGUCGGUCCAGAUGUCACCACAUUCUCACCGGGGGACAAGGUUAUUCCUCUUUUUCUGCCAUACUGCGGUGAAUGUGAGCGAUGUCGAAGUCCCAAAACAAAUCACUGCAGGAAGAACUGGGAAAAUGCACAGGUGGGUGUACUGGCUGAUGGCACAAGCAGGAUAUCUUGCAAGGGGCAGCAGGUUUACCAGUUCCUUGGUGUCAGUUCCUUCUGCCAGUACACUGUGGUUCCCGACACCUCACUUGCAAAGAUAAGAGCCGAUGCACCACUGGACAAAGUAUGUCUGCUAGGCUGUGGUGUCUCCACUGGUUACGGUGCCGCUAUUAAGACAGGCAAGGUUGAGAAAGACUCCUCGUGUGCCGUGUUUGGGCUUGGAGCAGUCGGACUGGCUGCCAUCAUGGGCUGCAAGGUUGCCAUGGCAAAGACCAUCAUCGGGAUUGACAUCAACCCUGAGAAUUUUGAGAAAGCCAGACUGUUUGGAGCCACUGAAUGUAUCAACCCCACUGACUUUAACAAGCCUAUCCAAGAGGUUGUGGUGGAGAAGACCAAAGGAGGGGUGGACUACGCUCUGGAGUGUGUUGGAAGUCCAGUUAUCAUGAGUGCUGCACUUGAGUCCACAGCAGAUGCCUGGGGCAUGUGCGUCAUUGCUGGAUGGACAGAGACAGAAUCAAUGUCCGUCCUGGUCGAAAAGCUCCUGAUGGGCCGCACUUUGAAGGGGUCUUAUUUUGGAGGUUGGAAGAGUGUACUGGAUGUGCCUAAACUGGUGGAUGACUACAUGGACAACAAGCUGAAGCUGGAUGAGUUUAUCACUCACACACGGCAACUGAAUCAAAUCAAUGAGGCCUUCGAUCUCCUAAAAGAUGGUAAAAGCGUCCGUACUGUCAUCUAUCUGCACGACUCUCAAGAGACAGAUGGACCUUCAGAUGCUAUCUAAUGAGACGAAGGAAUCAUAACGAUAUUUUACAGACAACACACAACUUUUUGUGGGAUUUUCCUAAAAGAUUACCUAAGAUUAGUAUAAAACAUCAUAAAUUUCCCUUGAGAUUAAUCAAGUAUCUAUCUAUCUAUCUAUCUGUCUUGAUAUUGAUGAGUACAAUAUUUUCCCUGCUUUACUUUGUAGCAAAUCUCCACAUUUACCACCAGAUGGCAGUCUUACAUCAUGUAAAAGCUCCAAUAUGUGUCCACGAAUAGCUUUUAACCAUAUAAAAGCAUUGCUUCUCAAACUGCAAAGCAUUCAGUAUUUUUAUUCCGAUUAAAUUUUGAGAUUGUUGUUUUUUUUUAAAAUCACAACAUUUAUCUGAAGAAAGAGGGAAAAAAACACUGAAUAUUCACUCCUCCUAUGUAAAAUGAUACAGAAUGUAAUUCUAAAUAUACAGCAUCUGCAGUAACAUCAGGACAAAUUCUCUCUACAUCUGCCACAUUUGGCAGCUACACUGAUCGUGAUUCUGCUCCAGAUAUCAAUGUGCAGCAAUAGAUGGGAAAUAAUACCCUUGUGUAGAAGAUGGACUAAAAGACACAGGAAGCAAUGGCUGAAUCUGUCAUCAGCCGUGGAGAAGUUCUGCUUCAUGUGGUCAGGCUUACCAGAUUUCAUCCUCGGUAAUGUUAUAUAUAUUGAUUUAAAAGGGAGUCACCAAGAAGGGCUUGGAUAACAGUUGUGGGCUGUCAGGAGAGAAGACAAAAGGUUGUUUGGGGAAUGCCUCUCUGUGAAGAACUGAAUAGCUGUCGAAAGAAUUUGUUUUAUUGGAGUUCCGUUCAGAUCAAAUGAAUACCCUUGGCGGUUACCCCACUUUCCAUCUUUAUUUAAAAUGGAAAAUAAAUUGGUGCUCUUCCUCUUA